CUCGCAGCGGCACGGCGAAUAGGCCAAGAUGCCCGUUGCCAGAACUUGGGUUUGUCGGAAGACCUAUGUCACCCCGCGGCGUCCAUUUGAGAAGUCGCGGUUGGACCAAGAGUUGAAGCUCAUUGGUGAAUACGGCCUGCGUAACAAGCGCGAAGUGUGGAGGGUGAAAUUCACUCUGGCCAAGAUCCGCAAGGCUGCCAGAGAGCUGCUGACUCUGGAUGAGAAGGAUCCCAAGCGUCUGUUUGAGGGUAAUGCCUUGCUCAGGCGACUGGUGCGUAUUGGAGUGCUAGAUGAGGGGAAGAUGAAGCUCGAUUACAUCUUGGGCUUGAAAAUUGAAGAUUUCUUGGAACGCCGCUUGCAAACACAGGUCUUUAAACUGGGCUUGGCAAAGUCCAUCCAUCAUGCCCGCGUGCUGAUCAGACAAAGGCACAUCCGUGUUCGCAAGCAGGUGGUUAACAUCCCAUCAUUCAUUGUGCGUCUGGACUCUCAGAAACACAUCGACUUCUCCCUGCGCUCACCAUAUGGUGGUGGACGUCCUGGCCGUGUCAAGAGAAAGAAUGCCAAGAAGGGACAAGGCGGUGCCGGAGCUGGAGAUGAUGAGGAGGAAGAUUAAACCUUAAAAUUAACUUCCUUUGCCAUCAUGGAAGUGAUUGUUUCUAUAAAAUAAACUCCUUUGAGAAGA